GACGUCGUGGGGUGACGGGAGCUGCUGAUCGGGGGUGUGAAGCCUGUGUGAGUGUGUGUGUGACAGCAUUCCUCUCCUCUGAUCGUGUGCAGGAGGUGAAGAAGACGGAGACAAACUCAGAAGUUCCAGAAGCUGCAGGUCACACAGAUUAACCCCUUGUAUCCUGUUUGGAGUGAACUGGAGGGUAAAAACCUUUCCCAGUUGGGACUGGGCCACUUGUGGUGCUGGUUCUGUCAGUGGAAGGAGCUGGAGCAGAGCCCCAGUGAGAGAUUCAGAGGAUGCAGAGUUAGAACCAAUUGCGGAGCUCCUCCUCUGGCCUGAAGGAAACCUCCACAACGCUGUGAAUCUGCAGGACCUGUGCAGACCCACAAUGGCCGCUGUCUGGGUCCUAUUGGUGCCGCUCCUGAUGACUGGGGCUGUUUGCAAUGGGCUGGUUGUGGUGAACUCAGGUGUGGAGGUCAUCAGGGGUCACUCUGUGUUUGUCACAGAGAAGGAGCUGAAGAUCACUGUGGAGCCAGCUGAGGACUGUAAGGUGGAGGUGAUGACUGAAGCCGUGGCUCAGAGGGUGGGGAGGCUGACACCGCAGGCGUUUGACUGCAGCUUCCUGCAGGACGAAGUGAAGUACGUCCACAACGGCAGCCCUCUACUCGCUGAGGACACGGUGGCGCUGAGGGUCUACAGGUUCUCACCUUCAGUCACACUGGUGCAGACAGUGGUUCUGUCUGUGCGGGUGGUGGGGCCUGACACCGGUGUGGCACAGAUGGGCAGCGCUCCGCUAGUGGUUCCACAGUUCUACGCUCUGUCCAACGCCAUUGAUGGCUCCAUCCUGAGAAUCAACACCAGUCCGGACCUGGUCUGCACAGUCAGACUGAUCAGCGCCGAGACCGGUUUCCCGGCUCUGGGUCGGCUGGUGAAAGAUUCUACCCAAAGGAAGGGCAGAGAGACCACAGCGCUCUGUCCUGGAAACAAACCGUGUCCUCACGACACUGUAGAAGUUCAAUCCUUUAAAAGCAGCUGCCAGGACUUCCUGAGUGCCGGCCUGAAGUACCAGCACCUUAGCCCUCCGUCUCCAGAGGUCGACUACAUCCCCAUCAGGGUGGAGCUGAGGGAGCAGAACACCAGGGCCUUGUUGGAGUCAGAGGCUGUGUGGUUGCCAGUUAUGAUCCAAGGUGCGCUGCAGAACCAGCUGCCCCGAGCUGCACUCAUGGCCUCCUUCAUCCUGGAGGUGGACCAGUUCAUUCUCACGCCUCUGACCACGGCCACCCUGGACGCCGAGGACCAGGAGACACCGCAGGAGGGUCUGGUCUUUAACAUCACCGCUCCACCUGCUGAAGGCUUCCUCACCCACCUAGACGACCACACCAAGCCCAUUGGCUCCUUCACCUGGCUGGAUCUGCACGAGAUGAAGGUGGCCUACCAGCCGCCCAGCAGCAGCCAGGCGCAGCGAAGGAACUACGAGGUGCAGUUCCAGGUGAUAGACGGUUUCUUCAUGACUGGCCCGUCCAUAGUGGUCCACAUCUCCAUCAGGGCAGCUGAGACCAGGGCACCCAGAGUCUCCUGGAACAUGGGUCUGGACCUGUUGGAGGGUCAGUCUCGACACAUCACCUGGGAGGAGCUGCAGAUAGUCGACAGCGACGACCUGGACGCCGUCUACCUGGUGGCAGUGGAUGGGCCUGAACACGGACGUCUCAGUGUGAGAGGUGCGAAGGCCUUCAUGUUCCGUGUGUGGGACCUGAAAGAUGGGGCGGUCGCCUACCAUCACUCGGACAGCGACACCACUCGCGACCAUAUCGUCUUCCGCAUCAGUGACGGGCGUCACAGCAUCCGACACAAGUUCCCUGUUAACAUCCUGCCCAAAGACGACUCCCCGCCGUUCCUCAUCAACAACGUGGCAGUGGAGGUGCAGGAGGGUGGGUCUGUGCGUCUGGAGGACUACAUGCUGCUGGCCUCUGACCUGGACUCCAGCGAUGACUUCAUCCUCUACCAACUAGUCUCCGUCCCCAGGGCGGGGCAGCUGCUCAGGAAGACGUCGCCCCACGGAACAGGAGUUUCUGUGGAUCGUUUCCUGCAGAGCGAUCUGAUCCAGGGUCAGAUCUAUUACCGGCACUCGGGAGAGGAGCAGUUCGAAGACUCUUUGGACUUCACGCUGUCCGACAGCCACCAGCCACCAAACCUGUCCCAGACUUAUACGCUGGUGCUCCAUGUUUUCCCAGUGAAGGAUCAGCUGCCGGUUCAAGUCCCCGGCUGCGUUCUCUCCCUGUCUGUAAAGGAGACGGACGUGGUCUACAUCACCCAGGCUCACCUCCACUUCAUAGACAACGAGCAUCCACACAGUGACCUGACCUACGUCGUCACCCAGCCCUGCUUUAGCCCACUGCAUCCUGGGCUGAUGGACGCUGGACGCCUGUUUUACACAGACGGCACCAACGGCAUGAAGAAAGACCACAUGGUGCCAGAGCUGAAGUCCUUCACUCAGCAUGCGGUGAACCACAGGAAGGUGGCCUUCAUGCCUCCAGUGGAGGACAUUGGCCCAGAGCAGCUCUUUGUCCAGUUUGUCUUCUCUGUUGUCGACCACCACGGUGGCAGCGUCUCUGGCCUCCUCUUCAACAUCACCGUCACCCCAGUGGACGACCAGAAGCCAGAGGCCUUCACCAACCUGCUGCGGGUGGAGGAGGGCGGAGGGGCUUUCAUCACAGAGGACCACCUCCUGGUUCGGGACCAGGACAGCUGGGAGGAGGUGCUGAGGGUGGAGGUCCAGAGGACGCCUGCUCAUGGCCGCCUGGAGCUGCAGGGCAGGACUCUGCUGCAGGGAGACGCCUUCACCUUGCAGGAUCUGAGAGGCCUCCGGCUGAGACUCAUUCACGAUGACUCAGAGACCACAGAGGACGAAGUCGGGCUGAAGGUGACCGAUGGUGUAAACUCAGCUGAUGUCAUCUUGUCGAUACAGGUGCUGCCCAUGAAUGAUGAGCCUCCACAGCUACGAGAAGGUCUCCGGGGGGAGGUGGGCUGUGAAGAGGGAGGCCAGGUCCAGCUGACGGUGGACUACCUGUUGGCUACAGACAGAGACAGUGAUGACUCCAGGCUCACCUACAUGCUGGCCCGAAGUCCUGGCAGAGGAGAGCUGCAGAGAUCUGGGUUGAGCGUGGACAAAUUCUCUCAGAAGGACCUGCUGCAGGGACUCAUCUUCUAUGUCCACACAGGAGGUGAAAUCGGGCCUGAUCCUGUGUUUGACACUGUCACUCUCAUCAUUUCUGACGGUGAGGCUGGUGGCACCGAUGGCUGUUGCCAUGGAGACGCCCCUCCACCACCCGUCCCCCUGCAUGGCAUGCUUCCAGUUUAUGACCUUAAUAUCACCGUUUCACCAGUCAACAACAAAGUGCCCUCCGUCGUUGUGCGUGAACCCAUAUUGGUGGUGGACGAGGGCUCCUGGGCCUGUCUGUGUGCGGGGGUUCUGGGGGCCUUGGACCAGGACAGUCCCCCUGACCAGCUGACCUUCCACAUUGAGAUACCGCCACUGCGCGGGUUCCUGGAGAACACUCUUCCGGCACCUGGGUCUGAAAAGAGCAACGCUGGUGUCCGAGUGGAAUCCUUUAGUCUCAUCCACCUGAUGUCAGGCUUCAUCAACUACGUCCAGUCAGAGCACAGUGGGACGGAGCCAACUGCUGACCAGCUGUCUGUCAGUGUGAGUGACGGCGUGCACCACUCUGCCCCCGUCGCCUUCCACAUCCUCAUUAACCCGACCAAUGACGAACCGCCGACUUUGCAGUUCGCCAACUUCACCGUGACAGAGGGUGGGAUGAGGAAACUGACUCCAACCUUCCUGAGCGCCUCAGACCUGGACGCCCCUCCUGACCCGCUGACCUUCACGGUGGUGCAGCCUCCAGCCCAUGGCUGCCUGGUGAACAGCUUCUAUGGCCACUACAAGGAACCAGACCUCCUGCACAGGAGCCUCCUCAUCACCUCCUUCACUCUGCAGGAGCUCUUACAAGGCUUAAUUGUGUACAUGCACGAUGACACAGAAACCCUGAAGGAUGCUGUGACUCUGCGGCUGACAGACGGCGUCUACACAGUUCAGGCAACGGCUCAGGUCACCGUGGUGCAGGUCAACGACGAGAAACCGAGGCUGCUCAAGAAUGCUGGGCUGGAGGUGGAUGCUGGGGAGCGCGGGCUCAUCUCCAGCCUGGUUCUGGAGGCCGCGGACCCGGACACGCCCCCUCACCAGGUCCACUACAUCAUCAGCGCCGUGCCGCGCUUUGGCAAACUGCAGCUGAAGAUGCGGACAGGUUGGACUGAACUGACGUCGGGUCAGAACUUCACUCAGGAAGACGUGGACAUGAACCGUGUGUGGUACAAACACAGCGCCGCCGCUAUCAGCUCCAGCUUCAAAGGUCACGACAGCUUUCGCUUCAGCCUGAGCGACCUGGACAAUGAGACUCCAGCGCAGAGCUUCUUCAUCUCCGUCCACAGCGUGCCCAAAGGUGACAUUGUGCUGCUGAUCAGGGCAGUGCAUCUGAGGGAAGGUGAGCGGGUGGUGCUGAACACAGACAUCCUGCUGGCGUCCGACUCGGCCAGUGGCCCAGAGCAGCUGAUCUUCACGGUCUCGGCCCCUCCUCGACGCGGCCUCCUUCACGCCGUCCAGCAGCCUGGAGUGGCUCUGAGCAGCUUCACGCAGCUGGACGUGGCGGCUCACAGGCUGUGCUACAGCCACGACAACAGCCACAGCACAGACACAGACUCGUUCAGUUUUGUCGUCAGCAACGGCGACUCGUCUCACAGCGGCACCCUCCACUUCAGCAUCCAGCAUGGUGACCGCAUCCCUCCCACCCUGGACAUCAACACGGGCCUACAGCUGCAGGGCGGGUCUACGGAAGCCAUUACGGCCAAAAACCUACAGCUCACUGACCCCGACACGGCUGCAGCCAACCUGAGCUUUGUGGUCACACAGCCGCCUCGCUAUGGGAAGCUGCUGCUGAGAGGGCUCCCACUGACACCGUCACUGAGAUUCACCCAGCUGGACCUGGACGGGCUGGACCUGGCCUACCAGCAUGACCUGGGCAGCCCAGCAAAGAUUGACACGUUCUACUUUCUGCCGAGCGACGGGAGCAACAGAGGAUACCUAGAAUUUGGACAGUUGCGAGAUGAGCCUGCAGUGUUUACCAUCCAGGUGCUUCGCGUGGACCGGAUGCCUCCCAGCCUGUGCACCAGGCACAGUCCCAGCACGGUGGUGGAUGUGGGCGGUGGGCGUUACGGCAUCUUCAUCACCGACAAGCACCUUCAGGCGUGCGACCCCGACAGCCCCACAGAGGAGCUGCAGUACUCCAUCAGCAGGAGUCCACACUUCGGUUUCCUGGAGAACUCGCUGACAGGCGCCUACAUCCAGGGUCGAUUCACGCAGCGAGACGUGGAUCAGCGCGCCGUGGUGUUUGUCAUCCCUGCAGACGUGGGGGUGAUGGCUGACAGCUUCCAGUUCCUCCUCACAGACCCAGCAGGAAACGCCAUGCUGCCGGAAAUACUGGAGCUGUCCUGGUCUCGGGUGGAGUUUUCAGCGACCUGCUACAGAACCUGUGAGACAGCUGGGACCCUGCAGAUCCAGGUCCAGCGCAGUGGGAGGAGCUCGGACCCAGCCUACGUGGCCAUCCAGGUGGAGGAAGGAUCAGCCAAACCCGGCAGAGAUUUCACCCACAGCACAGGCAGUCUGAUCCAGUUUGACCCAGGCGUCACCAUGAAAACUUGGAGCAUUUAUCCGAUAGACGAUGGUUUGGAGGAAAAUCACGAGGCCUUUAUAAUCACCCUGAAAAAUCCGAGAAAUGCCAUCCUGGGACACAGGACCUCAGCUAGUGUUGAGAUCAUGGAUCCCAGAGGAGGAAGGUGCGACCCAGAUGGCAUGAGGGUGGACAAGCAGCCUCCCCCUCCCCUUCCUGUCCUGCCCCACCCCCCCAGGCUGGAGGAGGAGGUGGGCCCUGUUACCGACAUCGAGGCGGAGCUGCUGUGGGAGACCCCGACUCACCCUUCCAGAGGAGACGUCCCGGAUCGCCGACCUUACUUGGACUACGGAGCAGGGGAACCACAGGAUCAGGCAGCGCCAGGCCACCGUCACACCCACUACAGCAGACAGCUGCCAGAGACUGGGAGCACUGGGAGCAGACAAGCAGAACUAAAGCUGCGGCUGCCAGCAGACGAGCGCGAGUGGACGUUUCACAGUCUGAGUCCGCUCCGGCUGGAGGAGCUGCAUCCAGGUGAUGCCGGGUGGAGCUUCCCGCAGGACGCACCUCAGGUGGAUCCGUCACCCAGACACCAGCGCAAGAGCGGAAAGUCAAUCAGCAGCUCGUGUCCCAACAGUUGGACUCAUCGCCGGACACGCUGUUACUUCCUCAACCCGUCUGUAGCCAGCUGGGCCAGCGCCGACAGAACCUGCUCUCUGCUGUUCAACAGCAGCCUGGCCAGCGUGGGCUCCAGGAAAGACAUGGCCUGGCUGUGGAGGUUUGCUGGGAGGAAAGCGUUUUGGACCGGAACGCCUGGAGGCCCAGGGUGGAUGCAGGCUGGUCCCAGAGUGAGGGGGCCCCCGCUCGGCAGCAGGGGAUCCAAGCAGAGACCCCAGUGUGUCCUGGUUCAAAGCCCCAGAAGCUGGAUUUCAACCAGCUGCUCGGCUGAAACUCAGCACGGGUUCAUCUGCUCGUCUCCAGCUCAGCAUCACUGAGACGCUCUCGGCCUGACCACACCUGUUUACUGUUUUACCAUAAUAAAAUGAUUAAUACAGCUUUUUGCAUGAAAGAUUUUGAAUGUGUCGGUUGAAGUCAUCUUCACACUGAACAUCAUGUGCAUGUCUAGACCCUGCAAAAGACAGCGUCUCUGACAUGCGAGCGGAGAGGUUAUGUUUGUAGCCGGGAUCCAAGCUUAUGCCUUAUGGCAGACUCAGCUUCUCCCUUAGUCUGCGUUUAACAGUGUGAUAAUUGUGGCUGUUACCAGGUCAUGCUACAUGAAGACCACGUGUUUCUUUUGCACAUGCUCCUCCUGUUUAUUAACCAUGCUCUUCUGUCAUUUCUCUAUAAUCUCAGGCUCUAGUCAUUCCUUCUUAUUGUUCUGUGCUGUUGUGUCUUGUCUCUUUGUUCUGAGAGUUGACAUGAAAUGGUUAUUUUAGGAAUACAUGUAACUUUGUAGUUUCCAGUUACUGUAAGAUGUAGUAAUCAACAUGGACAAACCAGAAUCAGAAUGAGUUUUAUUCACCA